UAUACUGCAACUGAACCAAUUAAAAUCAAGAUAUCUGAUCUAAUUGCCACUGGAUGCACUGGCUGUAUUUGGGAAUCUGCAAAAGCAUCUCUUAUUUUUCCAAACCAAGCUGUUGUCAUGAUGCAUUCACUUGGGUUGUGUCCAUGAUCCGCGGUUUCCUCGUCCUCCAUCAGUGUUGAUUUCAGCAUCAGCAGCAGGUCAUCAUGAGAAUGAGACUGAAGCUGAAGACUGUGUUUGUCCUGUACUUCAUGGUGUCACUACUAGGACUCAUCUAUGCGCUGAUGCAGUUGGGUCAGCGCUGUGACUGCAGAGGUCAUGCCAUGUCUAAAGAUCAGCAGAUCUCUCAGCUGAGAGGAGAGCUGCAGAAGCUGCAGGAACACAUCAAAACAUCAGAGCUGUCUAAGAAGACUGAUGUGCCCAAAAUUUAUGUGAUAACGCCCACAUAUGCAAGACUGGUGCAGAAGGCUGAGCUCACUCGUUUGUCUCACACCUUCCUCCAUGUUCCUCAGCUGCACUGGAUCGUGGUGGAGGACGCUCCUCAGCCAACUCCGCUCGUCACAGAUUUCCUGGCUGCAUCUGGCUUGACCUACGCCCAUCUACACAAGCUGACCCCCAAAGACAGGAAGCUGCAGGAGGGUGAUCCCAGCUGGCUGAAGCCCCGGGGUGCUGAGCAGAGGAACGAGGGUCUGCGCUGGCUCAGGGAGAUGGGCGCUGCUGCUGAGGGAAAGGAAGCGGCUGCCCUUGAGGAGGCUGUGGUGUACUUUGCUGAUGAUGACAAUACAUAUAGCCUGCAGCUUUUUGAAGAGAUACGGUACACAUACCGUGUCUCUGUGUGGCCUGUGGGUCUGGUGGGCGGGAUGAAGUUUGAGCGGCCCGUGGUGGAGGAUGGGAAGGUUGUGCGUUUCCACACUGGUUGGCAUCCCAACCGCCCAUUCCCCAUCGACAUGGCUGGUUUUGCAGUGUCCCUGAGGUUGAUACUGACCAAUCCCCAAGCACGAUUUGACGGUGAUGCUCAGAUGGGCUUCCUGGAAAGUAGCUUCCUUCAGCACCUGGUUACUAUGGACGACCUUGAACCCAAAGCAGACCUGUGCACUAAGGUGCUGGUGUGGCACACCCGAACUGAGAAGCCAAAGAUGAAGAGGGAAGACACUUUGCAGAAGCAAGGGUUGGGUUCAGAUCCGGAUGUGGAGGUGUGAGCACCACCUCCUCAGAACAUGCCUGAACUUCACCAAACAUCCACACUUCCACUGGCCAAACAGAUUCUCUCAUUUAUAUGGCAAGAGGUGAAACAAACGACACUCUGAAAGUGUGAUUUCUGGGCCACACACCAAAGACAUGAGGAAUGAGGAAAGGAAGUGAUGAAUGCAGGGAUAAAAAGUGCAAGAGACAGAAGCAAAGGAACCGGCAGCCUAAAAGAAAAUGGAUUUCUAUAAAUCAUCAUGCAUCCCAUAAACCAUCCUUAUCAUUGGUACACUUGAACAGUAUUUAAAGAGAAUCUUACAUAUGG